AUGAUCCAAUACUUUUUCGGAAUCUUGCCGAUUUUUCUUGGUGAAGACGCUCCAAUGGCCGAUUCACCGGCGUUCAUCGACGACAGUGACACAGAGAAAUCACAACGAAUCAACAUUAAGCAUGUGGGGAAUGGCUCUUCGAAGACCGGGUACUCACAACAAUCAGCGAAAUCGAUUGUGCAAGAAAUAUCAGUGAAUUACACGGGACUCCGUGGCGCCUCACCGCCACCCGUUCAACAAAUGAGAAACGCACAAAUGGAAGUGACAAGACCGGUGAUUGUCGAGAAAGGAUCCGCUGUUCCAUAUCCAACUUCUCGUGUCCCAACAACAACCACUUCUGCACAAAAUGCAUUCACAAACACCUUCCCCGGCUAUUUGGCCCAAUACGAUCAAAAAGUCUAUCCAGCUGAAGCGGAGACAGUCGAUCGAAUCACAAGAUCGGGAAGACACGAGACUGAGUUCCCAGUGAGAAUUGCCUAUUCUGGAAGCUCUCCUCUUUCGCCAACAUCCACUUAUUCGGUGCCCAUUCAACGAUCGUCGGCUGAAGCCUCGAGAAAACUCGGCAGCAGUCUCGGCUCACUCAUCACCGAGACCACCGAGCAACAUUACGAGGCGUACUCAACCAGACAUCGUGAAAUGGCGAGCCCGGGCGGUGUGAACUCGUUGGCGGCACAAUUUGAACAGACAGCUCGACAACAACGAGACAAUGCUCAACAACAACAGAAAAAAAGUCCCGCUCAAGUUCAUGUCGUGAAACCGUCUCCAGCUUUAAAAUCCCCUUCGCCAACCACUCCUUACGAUACUCGAGUGCAUCGCGUUGAACGUCAGGUUUUCAACCCGCAAAAUGAGCGAUCUGUCUUGCAAACGACCCUUGUCGACAUUGAUCCACAAUACACGCGAUCAUCAACAGCCGCUUCUCAACACUCACCCGGACAACAAUACAUUCAUGAGACGAUUCAGGAGGAGUAUCACACGAUCAAGAGAUAUACACCGACUCCACAACCCGCUCAUCAAGGUGUCCGAGUGGUUCCCGUUGAAAAGGUGAGCCACCAUGUCCGUGACAACAGUCGUGACUCAACUCUCCGUGCCGAGGACACAGCUUCAUCAAGAGCUCCCUCAUCAGCUUCUGUCCAAUCGACGCGAGUUUUGAGUCCCGUGAGAACGGUUGUUGAACGCUACGAGUCACAUCAUAAAGAAGAAACGACUGAAAGGAGACAGCCAAUGAUUGAACAAAUCAAACAGGAGAUUGUCAUGCAGACGAGAACGUCAAACAUGUACAGCGAUGAGGAGAGUCGAACCAGGGAACAACAAUUUCGCGAAGAGGAACGCCGUCGUCUUCAAGAGGAGGAACGACGGAGAACUCACGGAAAACAACAGACAACAACGAUUAUUGAAGAAGAGACUUUUGAAGAGAUUCGGAUAAGGAGAAGGAAAAAACAAGAUGGACAACACAAACAGAAUCAAGAAAGAUUGCGUCGUGAAGCUGAAGAAAGAGAACGACUUCGGAUUGAGGAAGAAGAACGACUCCGAAGAGAGAUUGAAGAGAAUCAACGAAUCGCGCGAGAGAAUGAGCGCCACCGUCGCGAAGAAGAGAUCAGAAUUCAGGAGGAGUUGCACUAUCGAAGAGAGCUUGAGAUCAUCGAACAACAAAGAGGUGGAGAUUCAAGAAUCACAAAGAAUCGAGCGGGAAAGAAGAGAACGAGAGAAACGCGAACGAAUCGAAAUAGAACGACAGGAAAGAAUUCGGAU